AUGAGCAAACAACUUUUCACAUUGGAAUCAAGUGUUAUUGAACUUAAGGGAUGGAAUGAUAUAGGAACAUAUUGGAAUCACGAGAUUGAUUGUUCAGAAUCCGAAAAGUUUGAGUUUACAAUCCAGAAAGAUCAAAAUAUGCUUAAGUUUCAGACAAAGGCACCCAUUAUUCAGAAUUUUCCUUCAAUUACUUAUGAAAUUGUUUUUCUUAAUAAAUUUCCAAAUGCCAAUGUAAUUAAAAGAGUUUCAAAGAGCCCAUUAACUACAAUUGUUGAAAACUAUUCAGUCCAGUUAGAUUUUGAUCUGAAAUCAGGUUUUGAAGAAAAUAAUAUUGUCAAAAUUUGUAUAAAGGUAAUUGGCUCAUCAAAUGAAUUGUCAUCCAAUUCCAGUCCUAUUAAGCCAAAGAAUAAAAUCAAAAUGGACAACGAAAGGCAUAUUUUUCCAAAAAUUCCAAUUCGAACAGAAAUUUUAACUGAAAAAUCACAAAAUGAAUCAGAUGAUGAGAAUUUUGAUGUUUCUCAGAAUCAAUUGAUACUUACUCAAAUUCCUAAUAACAAAAUCAAUAAAUAUCAAGAAAAUGGAAUUGUUAAUCAAGGAGCAACAUGCUAUUUAAAUACAAUUAUUCAAGUUUUGUACCACAUACCACUCUUUCGAAAAAUAGUUUAUUCAUCUAAUUCACAAAACAAUAUUUUAAUUUCAUUUCAAAAUCUUUUUGCAUCAUUACAACUUUUUGAUGGAAAACCAGCACAAACAAAAGAACUAACAACUGCAUUUGGAUGGUCCUAUAAAGAUACUCUUACGCAACAGGAUGCUCAUGAAUUUUUCUUAUCAUUAUUUCAAUUUUUGCCUGAAGAGUUACAAAAAGUUUUCAAAUCACUAUUCCAAGGUGUCCAAAAACAUUACAUUAGAUGUACAAAUGUCCCACAUUCAUCAGAGUUCGAUACAGAUUUGAUGAAUAUCAGUUUGGACAUUGACAAAUCAAACAAUAUUGAAGAAUGCCUUGAAAUGAUGUUAAAAAGUGAAUUUUUAACAGGAGCAAAUCAAUAUUUCGCUGGUGAAUAUGGAAAGCAAGAUGCACAUAUUGGUAUUGAGUUUGAAGAACUUCCAAAGGUAUUAUGUUUCCAUUUAAAAAGAUUUGAAUUUGAUGAAUCCAAAGGAAAUGAAAAAAAAAGUUCUCAAAAUCAACAAAAGGUUUAG